CGAUGUAGCAUAGCCUCCUGAUCGUCGUUAAUUUCGGGUUGAAGUCUUCUCCACGACAUAGCAACAGAGAAUUUCCCUGCCGGGCCGUGUCACGUGACCAGCGGAGUGUGUAUUGAUUGGUGGAGGUUUUUCAGUCAGUUUUGUGACAUAAUGUAUUUUUAGUCAAUUUCAAGUGCAGUAUUUUUCCAAAUAUUUGCUAUAAGAAAUAAUGUUAAAUCAAUGUUAUGAUUUAGUUUUAGGUUGUAUAAAUAUAUAUACAUAAUAUAACGAUGUUAAAACGCCAUUUUGAAUGUAGAAAAGUAAACAGCGAAAUCAAUAACAUGUAAAUUAUAAAAAUUAUUAUUGGGCAAUUUAAAGGUUUUUAAACAGUAAAAACUGUGGUUUAUUUUACUGUUUUUUUUCGUACCGUGCACGUAUUUAUAUGUGAUGUAAAUACACUGGUCCACUGUCACCACCUGAUGUAGGUCACAGCUGCUGUGUGUGUGUCUUUGUUGGUGUUUUAUAUAAAUGUAUUCUUAUUUCCGGUUUCCUCUUCUGCUUUAGUUCUAAUGAGGUUCUCUUCCAAAUUAUAAAGUCAGGUUUGGUUUGGGGGGAAAAAAAGCUGCGCAAAGCCGUCUGCGCUGUCCGUGUGUGUGUGUGUGUGUGUGUGUGUGUCCUCCGUAGGCUCUGAUUGGCUGACGGUGACAUCAUCCAGCAGGGUUUAUUGUUAGAAAGAGGAUGAGCUCAUCGUGUCGCAGCCAGUUUGGAGCAGCAGCAGAUCCGAACACAACAGAGAACGGACUGAGAACCUGCACCGAGCAGCGGAUUUGAACCUGCAGCUGCUGAACACACAGUGCUGUCUCCAGAUAUGGUUUGGUCUCGGGACAGAGAGGCAGAGCGCCCCCCACUGUCAGUCAUCCUGCCGCAGCUGUACCUCGGAGCAGAGAGUGAUGUGACUCAGGACCGCCUGGCCUCUCACGGUAUCUCCUACGUGCUGAGUGUGAGUCGCUGCAGCCCCCAGCCCUCCUUCCUCCCCCACUCCAGAUACCUGCGCAUUCCCAUCGAUGACUCCCUGUGGGACGACCUUUUGCCCUGGAUCCCUCAGGCUCUGCACUUCAUCGAUGCAGCUCUGUCCUCCGGAGCCUCCGUCCUGGUCCACUGUGCUGCUGGAAUCUCCCGCUCCCCGGCUCUGGCUGUGGCCUACAUCAUGUACAGUCUGGGGAUGGACCUGGACCGGGCCUACAGGUACGUGAAGGAACGCCGUCCUUCCAUUUCCCCAAACUUCAACUUCCUGGGUCAGCUGCAGCAUUUCCAAAGUGCUCUCGACCAAAAGGCCUCCUGUGGCAUCUCCACCCUGCAGCAGCUGAAGGUUGCACCGCCCUCCGUCACCGAGGGCAUCACUCCGUCUCACGGCAGUCAGAAGACGAACCGCCAGGUCGACACCGUCACCGGCAGCACCACAGAGGUCGCGAGGUCAAAUAAGGAGAAGGUCUGCGGCACAGACAACGAGAAGUUCGGACACACACGUUCAGAUGGAAACAGAAACGUCUGUCUCUCGCCGUCUGGGAACCUUCAGACUCUGACGCUGAAUCACAACGAGCAGCAGGUACAGACUCUGUGCACAGGUACGGCUCCGGGUUCCCUUGAGCAAGGCAAAGCAGCGGGAAGUCCACGCAGGCCCAGACAUCUGCGACUCCAAUCAGGCUCUGCGUCUUUAGCGGAGAAACGUAAAAGUCUGACACUGUCUUUGACGCCUCUGGGAACCAACGACCGGCGAGCUGACAACGACAAGACGGGAGGGGGGCACCAGGCGACCGCGCUGCGCAGCCCGGGGUCCUGUGGUCAACGUGUUCCCAACACGAGGUGCAACAGAGAUGAUGAGCCCGAGCAGGGGGCGCUGCUGUCGCCUUUUAGUUUCACCCUCAACAAGCUGCUGGACUGGGGGGAGAGGAUCCUGUUGGGGGGGGUGUUUGUUCAGCCAGUGAGGAUGGGGCAGGCUGCAUUACACUACAGGUGAUGAGGUCAUUCCGUCCACAUGUGAAGGGUUAACUCUGUUAUUUAUCUAUUUAUUUAUUCAUUUAUUUCAUGCAGAACCGAUUCCAAACAUGUCCCUUUGCUUCAUUAUUAUUAUUAUUAUUACUCUUUUAUUCUUUCAGGAUGUAAGACGGAGGUAUUUUUAUGAUGACGUGUUGAUGUGAUGAUCGAUGACUUUAAGAUUAAAAGUGAUACAAACCUC